UCGGCUAAUAUAAUCCAUGUGAUGAACUCAUCAAAUGUGAAACGGAAAUUAACACCAAACUUACAUAAGUUGCACAAAACACGGAAAAUCGUACAAAAUGUGGUAUAUAUACCACCAAAUUUACAUAAGUUACCAGCACAUUGUGCUCGAAUUAAGCUUCCUUAGCAGUCCCACUAACAAUGAUACUCUUCCUAAUUUUCGCAAUUUCAUCCCUGCCCCUCAUCGGCUGCCAGGAGACCAAGGAUUUCGCCUUUUUCAACUGGACGACCUCCACAGAAGGGAAUGCCACCUGGCGAUGGGCCCCCACCUGCGACCAGCCGGGGAAUGAUAUCAUCUCCUUUCCCAGCCCGGCAUCCUUCUGCGGUCGAGAAUGUCAUGUUGCCCCAUCCUGCACCCAUUUCGCCUGGGCAGAUUAUAAUGGCGGAACAUGUUGGCUAAAAAAAGGCCCCGUCAAUCUCCAAAACGCUGUCCUCAAAACGCAUGCCGGAUAUUUCUGCGGGUUUAUUCCCAAUCGGGACCCCAAUUUGGCGGACGAUUUUGCCUGGACGGAUUCCCCCGUGGGCAAAACCGGGAUCAAGGUCAGGUGGGCGAGCCACUGUGAUAUGCCUGGGAACGACUUGGUCGGUCUGAAAACUACCGGGGCAGAUAGAGACUUGUGCAUCCGGUCGUGUCACGAGAACAACCUCUGCACCCACUUCGUGUCUAGCUCGAGGGAUGGGGGAACUUGCUGGCUGAAGGGGGGAGCCGUUCCCAACCCUUCGCUUACAGAAAGGAUCGUCAACACAAUCUUUUGUGGCUUCCUGCUUUUGCAGAGCGGUGACCAAAGACACGAAUUUGGACCGGGAUCACGACAACUGAAUUGGGUCGAGGACGGCGGGGAUGUGAGGUACCGAUGGGCCCAAAACUGCGACUUGGUGGGAAAUGAUAUACAAAAUUUUCUCACGAAGCGGGACAAUUGUGGGAAUGAGUGUUCCCUUCAUAAGGAAUGUACACAUUUUGCGUGGUCCAACGUUCUCGGAGGGACGUGCUGGAUUAAGAGGGGAAACGUUCCGAACUAUUCGAUCAGGACGGAUUCUGGGUUUAUUUGUGGUUAUGUUACUUUCCGGAAAGGAGAGGAAGUUCCGGAGCGGAAGGAACAAGUUGGAAGUAGCAACAUCUGGAUAAUUUGGAUAGUUAUCGGUCUACUCGCAAUUGCGGGAUUGUUAAGCGGGACUAUUUUUGGGCUUCGACAAAGAAAGAUUUCUAAACUCCUUCGAGGUCUCGAUAGAGAAGAAAUCGAUGAAUUUUUCCUCGGUCGACCAGAACUCCUUGCCAGAAAUACCAACAUGACCAACGAAACGGUCGCCUUCUUGCCGUAUGAUCGAGAAUACGAAGUCGGCAUUGAGGAUAUUGAAUACAAGGCAGAUCCAAUCGGCACUGGAAACUUUUCCGUCGUAUUUUAUGGCCUCAUAAAAUCUCGCCAACAACCAGUCGCCGUGAAAUGUCCGCUCACCACGGCAGACGCCCUCCAAUUCAAAGCUCUCCUUUUGGAAAUCAAAAUCAUGCUGCACAUUGGAAAACAUGAAAAUUUGCUCGCUUUAAUCGGCGCCUGCACCGAGUCCAUCCAGCAACGCAAAGUUUACAUUUUGCUUGAAUACGCCCAAAAUGGAUGUCUGGAAAGUUACCUGCGAAAACGACGGCCAGGGGGAGCCAGUGGAGUUGAGAAAUUGGAUGGUCGCUAUACGAACCUCAACAAAAACAAGUCCGACGCCAAAAUUCGAGAGGGAGAUUUGAUUCGUUGGUCGUACCAAGUUGCCAAAGGGAUGGAAUUCUUGGUUUCAAAAUCGAUUGUGCACUCCGACCUGGCCACGAGGAAUGUCUUGCUGGAUGAUAAAUGUACUGCCAAGGUGUCGGAUUUUGGGCUAAGCAGACAACUUUAUGGGAACGAUAACUACAUAAAAAAGACAAAAGCUCAACUCCCCUGGCGCUCGAUGGCCUUGGAGUCCUUGAUGAGGUUGGAAUUUUCCACAGAAUCGGACGUCUGGAGCUACGGGGUCACGCUCUGGGAGAUCUUCACCUUUGCGGAAACCCCCUACCCAAACUGUUCAUGGGGAAAGGAAUUCAUCGACAUGCUCCAGUCAAACGGGCGCCUGGAAAAACCAAAAGAUGCCAAUAGCACAAUAUAUGGCUUAAUGAAGGCUUGCUGGGAAGGAAACAAAUCCAACCGACCGAAUUUCACGGAACUCCGGGUCGAGUUAGAAAAACUUUUACAUGCAGAAUAGUCUUAAUCGGCAGUGUGUUUCAUUCAUUCUUCAAUUGCUGAAUUGUUUCAUGCAUCAGUUAAAAUUUGUGUUGAGACAUUAGCUGUUGUUUGAGUUCAUUUUGAAUGGUUUUUUAAAAUAAUAAAAUCAACCAAAAUAAAUAAAUAAACCAAA